AUGGAGGAUCGUACGCAGGUAUACAUCGACUGGGUCAAUUCGUUAUUUUCAUCGAACAAGGAAGACAUCACCAUUAACUCCUUGGAUGAUUUGUCCGAUGGAACAAUAUUCAUUCAGAUUGUUGAAAAGCUCACCCAUCAACGUGUUCGCAAUGCGAUACUCAGUCCUGAAAAUAGAAAACAGAAAAUACAAAACAUAGAAAGUUCGCUUGAGUUGGCACAAAAGAAGUUUGGGGAGUUACAUGGUGUAGAAGUGGAACCAAUAGUAGAUGGAGACCCGUUACUGACUUGUGCGUAUUUAGAAGCAAUUAAGACGUCUUCGGAGGCAGAAGUCAAACGAACAAAAGUGAUGAUGAGAAAUACAAUUGUUAAGAGGGAAAUGAUACAGAAACAAUCAGCCAAGAUCUCUACAAACACCAACUUCACUUUUAAGACGUCGAACACAAGUACACAAACAAAUUCUAAAAUGGGAGAUAUGAGAAUAUCUAUAGCGAAGCGACCAAGUGGGAUGAAAGGACCGCCCAAAAAGCAUGUUGUUCCUCAAUCCCCUUUGGGGUUAGCUUCGAGUGCGUCGGGGGCAUUAAUGGUCGAGAAAAGUGUUCCAAAUUUGAACACCUCAAACCUUCCCCCUGUUGCUCCUGAACGACCGAAAACGCCCAAAGCAAAGGCGGAAAUGAAGGACAUCGACCUUAACAAACCACCAACAUUACCAAGCCCAAGAAAAUCACACAAAGUUGGGAUUUCAUUCCACGACUUGUCAAGAGAUAGUGUCAAUGCCCCACCUGUUCCGAAAAGAAGUUAUAAACACCGAAAGGAUCGCCUUGAAAGGGAAGUCCGCGAGUUCACAUCGAGUGAAAUGGAAGAAGUAGUGGUGGUUGAUGUUCAGAAGGAGAACUCGGAAGUGGUCAAGACGGAAGAUAUCAAGCGAAUUAAUGACAAAGUGUUUCAGGUCAACGGGAAGCUGUGGGAAGUUAAAGAAGCGCAAGGAGAUGAGAACGUUAUGGUUGAGCUGAAUUUGGCGCCUAAAGUGUUGAAAGAAUUUGUAGUAGCGUGCGCAAGACAAAUAUUGACGGAGUUUACGUACUCGGAACAACUCGAGAAGGAAGAUAAUGUGAUAGAAGACUUACAUAACUCGAUGAAAGACGACUUUUUGAAUCAAACGAUCAUUAAAAUCCAAAGCUACGUCCGAGGACAUAAUGUGCGUCGAUUCCCAGAAGUCCAAGGAAUGGCGAUCAGGAAAUUCACGAUGAAAGAGAUCACAUCGAGUGAGGAACUGUAUGUCAGCAAUUUGAUUCUCUUGAAGGACUUUUAUCUUCAAAAACUUGUGGAAUAUAAAGACGAAGAGUUGAUUAAAAAUACUAUGAAGGACCUGGAAAUGAUCAUUAAGUACAAUCAAACGCUCUUAAAUGCGUUGUUAUCAUUCAAACAAGCGAAUAAUAUCUAUGGGAAUGGGUUUGCAAAGCAGUUCUACCAAUUUACUAUGUUCUUGAAAUCAUAUACCACUUAUAUCAAUCAUCAGUCUUUGGUGUCAGACGACAUCUUUCAGAAGUCCCAAAAGAAUAAGAACUAUGGAAAUAAGUUAAAGGAGUUAUCGAUGCAACCGGAAGUGAAGAACCAAACCGUCUUUUCGUACCUUAUUUUACCCGUUCAACGGAUUCCAAGGUAUGAACUGUUCAUCAAACAAUUAAUCAAAAACAUUCCAAGUUAUCAUAAGGAGAGACAGGACCUCUCCCGAUCUCUUAAAGCAGUAUCGGACAUCAACAAGCACUUGAAUGAGACGAGAAGAAUCAAUGAGAAUAUCCAAAGAGUCCAAUUUAUAGCAUCUAAAUUGAUCACAAAGAAGUUUGAUUUGGCGGAUGAUAAAUAUAGACGGUAUAUCCAAGGAGGGUUUGUGAAGCUUCAGGGCCAUCCACAAAAGUUCUCGUUGCACGACUUGACUGAACGCCCGCACUGUAUCUUACUUUUCAGCGACGUCAUCUUGUUGAUCCCUGCGACUAAACCACAGAAAGUAGGAGAUGAGAACCAAGUGGAUACUCUUCUGAAUAGUGGGAAGUUUAAAUGCAAGGACAUCAUCCCGAUCUACACCACUUCGAUGAUCGACUUUGGUGGGAAUCGCUGCUUUUUCAUCAACAAAGAGUCGACGUAUCUCAUUGCGUUUGAAACAGCCGAUGAGAAGAAACGGUGGAUGAAUUUGGAGGAUGACUGCUUAGUCAACAAAUAUGCGAGUUUGGUGUCUAAGGGUGCGGAGUUGCGGAAGCAAACAGGGAUGUCGUGUGAGUUAACGAAUGCGGUUAACUUUGACGAGAAGAUCAAAUUGUUUUCGAAGCCUGAUUUUGAGAGUGAAGCGUAUUAUAGAGACAAUCAGACGGGGAUGUGGAAUAUCUGUUACUUAGUGUUAAUUGGGUCGAUCAUCUAUGUCUUUGAUAAUGCGAUAUCAUUAGUGAAUAAAGCGCCUCCUAUUAAACAAGUGGAUGUCACCAAUUUCUCACUGAAGAGUCCAGUCAUCUCCACAAAGCCAUCGUCCUUUGAAAUAUCAUUUCGAUACGAAGAACAUACAUUUGCAGCGAAAGAUGAUGAAGCUAAGACGCUGUGGAUGGUUGCGUUAAGAAUAGCAUUUGUCAAAUUCAAUGUGUGGUCUGCGAUGUCGAAGACAGAGACAUUGCCACAACUUAUUAUGAAGGAACCUCUUCCGUUUUUGAUUGACGAAAUGCGAGUGAAUGAAGUUACAACAUUUUUGAAUAAUAUGUUACUUGUCCCAGAGAAUAGAAUAUGCGCGGAUUGCUUGUUCAGAGAAGUCUCAACAGUCGACUUGGAUUAUGGUGUCUUUAUAUGCGGCCCAUGUUCAAGAUCACAUAUAAAACUACAACAUAGAACACUCAAGAAAGGCGGCGUGCCAGUCCUGCUCUUUAAACAAGUCAUCGAUUUUCCACUGAAAGUGCUGUCUAAACUGCAAACACUCGGAAAUUUAAGGGGGAACGCUUAUUUCCUUAAAAGUAUCCCAGAGAACCAAAUACCCGCCAAAGAAGAGUUGCAAAAAUAUACUGCAUCGUCGAUGGCGCAAUGGAUCAUGAAGAAGUACAGUUUUUUACCAGCUGAUGAAAUUGUUUAUUGA